CCAAUCUGGCAAUGGGGGGGGAGAGCAGGGGGAGAGAGGAGAGGGGUGGGAGACCCAGAACACAGAGAAUAACAUCCUGACCCACCCUGUGUGACGAACUUGGGGGUUCUCUUGGUUUUUUCAAUGGUUUGCAUGCAAAGGGGGUGGGACUCGGUUUCCCUGGGUGUUUCUGGUUUAACGAGGUGAGGGGAGAGGGAGUUUGUUGUGACAGAGGACCAGCGAGGGAACUUGGGACCCCAGCCACUGGCCUGGAGAAUGGACACCCCAGCGACUCGUGACCUGGUGAGGUGUGGGAGGGGGGGUAGGAUUGUUAAGGCUAGAAAAGCCUGUUGGAAAAGGUCAGGGCAGCCUGAGCCUGAGCACCUUGUGAUGCCUCCUGAGAUUGCCCUGUCCCCGGACUGGGCAGCUCCUAUGUGCAGCUGGGAGACGAUGAGGGGCUGGGGGCUGGGCAGCUUCGGGAGGGGAUGUGGUUUGCUGGGCGUUGCAGGGAGCUGGCUUUGCUCUGACCACAGUAGCUUUGGGCUGGAGAUUGCAGAGAAACCAUCUGAUGGGGAAGAAAGGGGCCGAGCGCAUCACGGGCUUCCUGGGGCUGCAGCCCCUGGCGCAGUUCCUCAUUCCCCUCGCACUCGGGCCUCAGGCUGGGUGGAGCUCAGCACCGGGGUGUUGGUGGCAGCGCUGAGGGGCACCCACUGCCCCAUCAUGGCAUCUGCUCUCACCGUCCUCCUCCUCGGCUGCUGGCUGGCCAGGCACAGCGGGGUGUGGGGAGAUGGCAGAGCUGCAGCGGAUGCACUGGGAAUUACGCUUGUAAAUACCACAGAGCAGAAUCACUGGUUCUAUCCCACUGACCCCGUCGCGAUCAUUGUAGCAGAGCCCAGCUACCCCAAACCCAGCAUCUCCCUGCUGAGCCCCAGUAGUGGGGUCUCCCUGAGGGGAGCUGUGAGUGUCUGGUGUCGGGGGCAGCGCCAGGGCGUGCGGUUCGUGCUGAAUAAAGAGGGACGCCAUGUCCAAACUGUGGAUUCGGACGGGUUUGGGGCUGUGUUUCCCAUCAGCAACGUGAGCCGGGAGGACGGCGGGAACUACAGCUGCUCCUAUCACAGCAGAUUGGAGCCGUUCAACAUGUCAUACCCCAGCGACCCCAUGGAGCUAGUGGUGAGAGAUCCCAGCUUACCCAGACCCAACAUCUCUCUGAGCCUCACUGGGGUCACCGCCCCAGGGGCAGACGUCACCAUCCGGUGUCAGGGGCAGCACCAGGACAUGGGGUUCUUCCUGCACAAGGCUGGAGACCUGAACCCGCAGCGACACAUGGACCCUGCUGGGGCCGGGGCCGAGUUCUGCAUCCCCACCGUGGGCCGGCAGCACGGAGGGAGCUACAGCUGCAGCUACCGGCCCCGGUCAGAGCCCUUCGUCUCCUCGCUGCCCAGUGACCCCAUGCAGCUGGUGGUAGCAGAGCCCAGCUACCCCAAACCCAGCAUCUCCCUGAUGAGCCCCAGCUGGGGGGUCUCCCUGAGGGGAGCCGUGAGUGUCUGGUGUCGGGGGCAGCGCCAGGGCGUGCGGUUCGUGCUGAAUAAAGAGGGACGCCAUGUCCAAACUGUGGAUUCGGACGGGUUUGAGGCUGUGUUUCCCAUCAGCAACGUGAGCCAGGAGGACGGCGGGAACUACAGCUGCUCCUAUCACAGCAGAUCGGAGCCGUUCAACAUGUCAUACCCCAGCGACCCCAUGGAGCUGGUGGUGAGAGAUCCCAGCUUACCCAGACCCAACAUCUCUCUGAGCCCCACCGGGGUCACCGCCCCAGGGGCAGACGUCACCAUCCGGUGUCAGGGGCAGCGCCGGGACGUGAGGUUCUUCCUGCACAAGGCUGGAGACCUGAACCCGCAGCAACAAACGGACCCUGCUGGGGCCGGGGCCGAGUUCCUCAUCCCCAGCGUGAGCCGGCAGCACGGAGGGAGCUACAGCUGCAGCUACCGGCCCCAGUCAGAGCCCUUCGUCUCCUCGCUGCCCAGUGACCCCGUGCAGCUGGUGGUAGAAGAGCCCAGCUACCCCAAACCCAGCAUCUCCCUGCUGAUCCCCAGCUGGGGGGUCUCCCUGAGGGGAGCCGUGAGUGUCUGGUGUCGGGGGCAGCGCCAGGGCGUGCGGUUCGUGCUGAAUAAAGAGGGACGCCAUGUCCAAACUGUGGAUUCGGACGGGUUUGAGGCUGUGUUUCCCAUCAGCAACGUGAGCCGGGAGGACGGCGGGAACUACAGCUGCUCCUAUCACAGCAGAUCGGAGCUGUUCAACAUGUCAUACCCCAGCGACCCCAUGGAGCUGGUGGUGAGAGAUCCCAGCUUACCCAGACCCAACAUCUCUCUGAGCCCCACCGGAGUCACCGCCCCAGGGGCAGACGUCACUAUCCGGUGUCAGGGGCAGCGCCGGGACGUGAGGUUCUUCCUGCACAAGGCUGGAGACCUGAACCCGCAGCAACACAUGGACCCCGCUGGGGCCGGGGCCGAGUUCCGCAUCCCCAGCGUGGGCCGGCAGCACGGAGGGAGCUACAGCUGCAGCUACCGGCCCCAGUCAGAGCCCUUUGUCUCCUCGCAGCCCAGCGACCCCGUGCAGCUGGCGGUAGAAGAGCCCAGCUACCCCAAACCCAGCAUCUCCCUGAGCCCCAGCGGGGGGGUCUCCCUGGGAGAAGCCGUGGCCAUCUGGUGUCGGGGGCAGCACCAGGGCAUGCGGUUCGUGCUGAAUAAAGAGGGACGUCAUUUCGCACCUGUGGAUUCGGACGGGUUUGGGGCUGUGUUUGCCAUCAGCAACGUGAGCCGGGAGGACGGCGGGAGCUACAACUGCUCCUAUCACAGCCAAUCGGCGCCGUUCGCCGUGUCGGACCCCAGCGACCCUGUGGAGCUGGUGGUGAGAGAUCCUGGCUUAUCCAGACCCUCCAUCUCCCUGAGCCCCACCGGAGUCACCGCCCCAGGGGCAGACGUCACCAUCUGGUGUCAGGGGCAGCGCCAGGACGUGAGGUUCUUCCUGCACAAGACUGGAGACCUGAACCCGCAGCAACACAUGGACCCUGCUGGGGCCGGGGCCGAGUUCCGCAUCCCCACCGUGGGCCGGCAGCACGGAGGGAACUACAGCUGCAGCUACCGGCCCCGGUCAGAGCCCUUCGUCUCCUCGCAGCCCAGUGACCCCGUGCAGUUGGUGAUAGCAGCAGCCCCCCUGGAUUUCACCGACACCAACAUCGCCCGCCUGGCGCUGAGCGCUGUGGUCCUGCUCGUCCUGGGACUGAUCCUGGCAGAUGCCUAUUACAGCUGCCCAAGUGGGGCAGGAGCCGUGACCACCCGGUGUCGGGGCCAGCACCAGGGUCUGGAGUUUGUUCUGUACAAGGCUGGGGCCAGGAACGCAGUCAGAGGCAGCUACACCUGCUAUUAUCCCCCUGACUCGGAUCUGGACACUUGGUCAGAGCCCAGCGACCCUGUGCAGCUGGUGGGAGCAGGGGUCCCCCACUGCCCCAUCAUGGCAUCUGCUCUCACCAUCCUCUUCCUGGGCUGCUGGCUGGCCGGGUGGAGCAGGGUGUCGGGAGAGGGGUCCUACCCCAAACCCUCCAUCUCUGUCAGCCCCAGUGGAGUGAUCCCUGUCGGGGGAAAAGUCACCAUCCAGUGUUGGCAUCAGCGCCUGGGCAUGAGGUUCCUCUUCUACAAGGCUGGAGAUGGGAACUAUCUGACUUAUACAGACCCUGCCGGCUCUAAGGCUGAAUUUCCCAUCAUCAGCGCCAGACGGGACCACGGGGGCAGCUACACCUGUCGUUAUCAUGACAAAUCAGGCAUCUACUCGGAGCCCAGUGACCCUGUGCAGAUCAUUGUAGCAGAGCUCAGCUCCCCCAAACCCUCCAGCUCACUCAGCCCCAGCAGGGGGGUCGUUCUGGAGGUAGCCAUGACCGUCCGGUGUCAGGGUCAGCGCCGGGGUCUGGAGUUUGCUCUGUACAAGGCUGGGGCCAGGAACGCAGCAGCGUGGGGCGGGGACUUGGCUGGGGUCGAAUUUCCCAUCCCCAAAGUGAGCCGGGCAGAAGGAGGCAGCUACACCUGCUAUUACUCCCCCAGCUCAGAUCCUGAUCCCAGCUUACCCAGACCCAACAUCUCUCUGAGCCCCACUGGGGUCACCGCCCCAGGAGCAGACGUCACUAUCCGGUGUCAGGGGCAGCACCAGGACGUGAGGUUCUUCCUGCACAAGGCUGGAGACCUGAACCCGCAGCAACACAUGGACCCUGCUGGGGCCGGGGCCGAGUUCCGCAUCCCCACCGUGGGCCUGCAGCACGGAGGGAGCUACAGCUGCAGCUACUGGCCCCGGUCAGAGCCCUUCGUCUCCUCGCUACCCAGUGACCCCGUGCAGCUGGUGGUAGCAGAAAUAAACUUGAUGACUUGGCCCAUCAUUGCUGCGGUGAGCUCAGCAGCCGCCGUCGUCCUCCUCGUGGCUUUUGUCUGCUUCCGAAAAACUCGAGCCAGAGGGAUCCAGACUCAGCACCAGCAGCAGAGGGGAGCCUCCCAGGCACCCCCAUCCCUGCUGCCCUGUGGAGAUGCCUCCAUCGACAAAGGGAAACAGCCGCAGACCUCGGAGCCCGAGCCCAGCGCCAAUGGACUCACCUACGCCGAGCUGAACCACCAGCCAUUGCAGGUUAAGCUGGGGGGGCCGGCCUCUACCCCCGAGCCUGCCCAGCCCAGUGUAUACGCCGCGAUCAAUGUGAGCCGGGGGACCCCGCAGUGA